AUGGCUCAUGUGGCACCGGGCUUGCGGCCACUGGGACAGCUGCCCUUGGUGGGGACCAUCGUGGCCGUCCUUCCCCGGCAACCGUCGUGGGAACAGGACCGGCACAUUCCUUCAGAGCGGGACGCAGUGAAACCGGAUAGGAGCAUGGCUGGCAGAGCAUGUCGCAACCGGCUCCAUGCAGCCGGUGCCGCCUGGCAUUCUGUCACGGGCAAUGCCUGCUCUGCCAUGGCCGCCUGCCCCGAGCUGCAGCCUGGGCAAGAGGCCAUGGGGUGCGCAGGGGUCCUGGCUACUCCAGAAGACCCUGAGGAGCGGCAGGGUGCCCAGGGGGAAGGUCUCAGUCCCUGUCCCCUGGAGUGCCAGGAGCUGAGUGCUGUCCCCAUGCCACAAACUAUAAAGCGUUUCCUGAAGGAGGACUCAGAGGAGGCUGAGCUGACCCAGCUCCUGCGGGACUGCCCAGCGGCCGACAGCCUCAGGAAGGUGGAGCCCCUGGAGAGCCGGCGGGAGCCUGGCCACCCACUCUGUGGCAUGGGCAGGGUCCCCCCUGACGAACCCGCUGAUGAGAGGGAUGCCAGGAUCAUCUCCCGUUCUCGGCCCUUGGAUUUCCAGCAGCACAUUGCCGCCCCCCCACCCUCUAGCCCCAACCGCCCGCGGAGCCCCUGGGGGCAGCUGGACCCCUACGACUCCUCUGAGGAUGACAAGGAGUAUGUGGGCUUUGCCACGCUGCCCAACCAGGUCCAUCGGAAGUCAGUGAAGAAGGGCUUCGACUUCACCCUCAUGGUGGCAGGGGAAUCUGGGCUGGGCAAGUCCACCCUGGUCAACAGCCUCUUCCUGACGGACAUGUACAGAGACCGCAAGCUGCUGAAUGCUGAAGAACGCAUCACACAGACGGUGGAGAUCACCAAGCAUGUGGUGGACAUCGAGGAGAAGGGUGUCAAGCUGCGCCUGACCAUUGUGGACACGCCGGGUUUCGGUGACGCCGUCAACAACACAGAGUGCUGGAAGCCAGUAGCUGACUACAUCGACCAGCAGUUUGAGCAGUAUUUCCGUGAUGAAAGUGGCCUCAACCGGAAAAACAUCCAGGACAACCGUGUCCAUUGCUGCAUCUACUUCAUCUCACCCUUUGGCCAUGGGCUCCGGCCCCUGGAUGUGGAGUUCAUGAGAGCUCUGCACCAGCGGGUGAACAUCGUGCCUGUGCUGGCCAAGGCUGACACCCUGACCCCUGCUGAGGUGGAGCGCAUGAAGAACAAGAUCCGGGAGGAGAUCGACCACUAUGGCAUCCGCAUCUACCAGUUCCCCGACUGUGACUCAGACGAAGAUGAGGAGUUCAAGCUGCAGGACCAGGCGCUGAAGGAGAGCAUCCCCUUCGCUGUCAUCGGCAGCAACACAGUUGUGGAGGCCAAAGGCCGGCGUGUCCGCGGGCGCCUCUACCCUUGGGGCAUCGUGGAAGUGGAGAACCCGUCCCACUGUGACUUCGUGAAGCUGCGGACAAUGCUGGUAAGGACCCACAUGCAGGACCUCAAGGAUGUGACACGUGAAACCCACUACGAGAACUACCGCACACAGUGCAUCCAGAGCAUGACCCGCAUGGUGGUGAAAGAGAGGAACCGCAACAAGCUGACACGGGAGAGUGGGACAGAUUUCCCCAUCCCUGUCAUCCCCCCAGUGCCGGAUGCGGAGACAGAGAAGCUCAUCCGGGAGAAGGACGAGGAG